UCAAAUGAACGUUAAGCUUUUUUUGUUUUCAUCCCAAGCAAUUUUCUCUUUGCAGUUAACAUGUACUCUGCUCACUUGUUGCUUGUAUUCCGAAUUCCAGCAUCGUUAACGUUGCCAGAGCAAGACGGGAAGAAUGCUUAUGAAUAUCUAGAAGUAACCGACCACCGAAGAGGCAAAAAAAAUCGUGAAAAUUGGCAUCAUGUUCGGAUUGAAAUGUAUCAAAAAUUCCCUGUUCGUCGUCAACUUUCUAUUUUUUUUAUUUGGCCUGGGAUUGACCAUCGUUGGGGUGCUCAUUUACUACAACGUGGAUUUCUACGUGGAAAUAAUUCCGGAGCAUGUGUCAGCAUUUCCAAUUGGCCUGAUUGUCAUCGGAUGCAUCAUAUUUGUAACUGCGUUCCUCGGUUGUUGUGGUGCAUGUACUGAAAACUCCAUUUUUUUAUUGGCUUUUUCGAUUGUGUUGGCUAUAAUGUUCAUGGUGGAAGUGGGACUUUUGAUCGCUGCCAGUAUCAAGAAAGAUGGCUUAGAGGUGACUGUGCAGGAUUCUCUCGAAAGAAUGCUCAAUGAAUAUAACGAAAAUCAGAAUUAUCAGGCGUCUUGGCAUUUCUUACAGACUGAAUUCAAAUGUUGUGGCAUCAAUAGUGCCACUGACUGGCAAUCCAUAACAGGAGAUGAACUUGUGCCACCAUCAUGUUGCCAGAAGGCACAAAAUGAAACAUGUAGAAAAGAAAAUGCAUCCAAAACCGGUUGUCAAACGGUGUUACUUGAGUAUUUGCGCAACAUUUACACCAUUUUUACUCUCAUUGCCGUUAUCAUCUGGUUGAUCCAAUUCAUAGGCAUCAUAUUCGCUUGUUGUUUAUACCAACACAUAGGCAUAUAGACUUGGAGAUAAGAAGCACACACGGCCGAUUUGCGGAAAAAGAGACAAUGUCUCUAUCUAAGAGACAUCUAUGAGCUAUGACAUACAGUCACUGUUUCCGAUACUAUCAAAUACGUGGAAAAAAGAUGAGAAUAAUGCGAAAAAGUGUAAAAAAGAAAACAAGAAAAAAAACUCGUUUCAAAUUUUUGUUUUACACAAAUCUUUAUUUUUAUUGAACUUAAACGUUUAUCAAAUAGUGAUUUCACUGAAAUGGAACAUGCGGAUCAUGUCCACGGUGAAAUGUAUGUUUGUGGGGCGGGGGGCAUACACAAAAGUGUACAUCACAUUGAUAUAUAUAUAUAUAUAUAUGUUACAUGAACAUUGAAAUGAGAUACGCACGAUAAAAAUUUGGUUUUGCAAAAAAUGUGUUAAUUUUCGGGAGAAAAAAAAAUUUAAGGCUCAUUCUAGGCUUUUCAAAUGCUAAUCAAUAAUGUUUGGACCAAUUAACAUUUAUCAAGAGUUGUUGAUAUUAUUUGUCUGUGUGUGAUAACCAUAUAAACCGUUCAGUUUGUUUACGUUCUUAAGCCGAUAGUGCUUCGCUACACGAUAUAUGAAAAUGUUUUCAUUCUUAAUUCCUAUGUGAAUCAUUCUUAACAUCCAAUAAUAUCGGCUAAAAUAGUUAUUUUUUUCGCUUUAGAAUAAUUGUUUGUGUUCAUGUUGAGAAUUCCAUUGAUAAAAUUAGAUGAAUUUUUGUUUUUCAUCGGUUCUAAAAACAUCAAUGUAACACAUAGAUCGAUAUACUAUAAAAUUUAUUUAAAGAAAUAAAUAUAUAAAUCUAAGAGUUUAUUUUGUUUCUUCAAUUCGAUGGUUGAUUCCGUUUUUCGUUGGUGGCGAUAUUUCGCCCACACACAGAGAGAAAAAUAAUAGUUGAUAUAUUUGAAAUGAACAACAAACAAAUUCAUCAUUUUCGAUCGAAAAAUAUGAUUUCAUCAAAAUCCAAAAUAUAAUCUUCAAAAAUAUGUAGAUUUUUCAAAAAGAUUUGUUCAUUUCGAACGAACGCUAAAUUGAUUUAUUGUUUCAAAAAAAAAAAAAAAAACAGAAGGAAUAGUCUCUUCUUCCGGCGAGUGUUUUUGUUUUUCUAUGAAAAUGUUAAAGUUCAACGAAUAUAGAUGUUAUGCCUCGUAUAUAUAAUAUAUAAAUAUAGUUCAAUGAAAGCCUUAAAUAAAACUAACGAUCGAAAAAUAUGAUCGAUUUUGAUAUAUGUUUAAAAUACGCCAUGAUCUUUAGUGUUGUUUCAUUUUUCUUUUCUUUUUGUUUGUUGUUUUUGUUUUGUUUCUGCGUCGGUUACAGUUUUUCAGCUGAUCCUGAACCAGUUUCAAUUUAGUCUUCUUUGAUUCGAUUUAGUAUUUGUUAUUUAGACGGCUUCGUAGUUCUUACGGAAUGCACGAUACAAGCAGCAUGCAUAUCCCAGGCCAACAAUCUG